GUAGAAUUGCAAUGCCGGCUGCACGACACGACCCUUCACAAUGAUGAUGAUGGAGCCGAGCGCCUCCCUCAAUGGAAAAGAGUAGAAGACCGUCCCCUGUUGUUGUUGUACUUGUAGAUAGAAGCGAAGGAGAGCAACGUUACGGCCUAGCUACAGAUAGUUGGCAGUGGUGAUUGCAUCUUUAGCAUUGUUUGGAGUCGAGUCGAGUCGGUUGCUGUGCAUUUCGUUUCCGUUUUUGUUGCUGCGCUCCCUCCGCCACACCAAGUCAUUUUUGUUUGUCAGUUUCAUUCUUGGAGACGGAAAUUGAUUUGGAAACGAAAAAAGGCAGUGGCGCGGUAGCAGUUCAGUUCACUUCAGUCUCGUGAAAGGACAAGAACUGAUAGAUAGGAUUGAUCUUUCGCUGUCCACAACAGUCGAUUAAGAACAACGUGCACUGCACCCUCACACAAGAAGACUGUUGCUACAGUACAGACAAAACAGCACAAUCUACUUUUUGGUUUCCAUAGAACGAACACGACAAGACAAUGGCAGCCAAACAAGGUCUCUCUGCUCAAAUCUCGCAAGCUUCGGAAGAUGCGAAACGGGCCGUGUUGAACCGUACGUCUUUGACGACUUCGCUGUGGUUCUCCAACCUCAACACAACGUGCACCAUCAAGAGUGCUCCACCACGGACUCCUGAAGUCUUGAGUCUCCUCUCCACAAAGUCUGGUUGGUUGUUCAAACGGAACGAACAACAUGUCUGGCAGACUCGAUGGUGUUGUGUCGUCCCACACACGUUUCUAUACUACUUUGACGCGAAUGUCUUGCCGGGCGAAGCUCAACCGCCAGUGCCAUCCACGGCACUACAAGAAGACUGGAAUCAGGCAGUGGCCAAUGGAUAUCCACAUCGAGGCAAUCGAAAACAACAAGCACCGCGCUCUUCACUCUAUUUCUUACCGGGUGGUGGGGCCGCUGCCAACAAGGACAACCAUGACAACAGUGGGGAUCACAACAGUCAUCAUAAUAACAUGCAUGCCACGCACAUUCAUGAAUCCAGUCCGACACAUGCGGUUCAUCCUCCUGGCGGCAACAAUAUCCCUCCGGCGUCGUCGGAAUCAUUUGCAUCCAUGCAACCAGCUGGCAUUAUCGAUUUAGAAUGCUACACCAGUGUCCAUCGCUCGGCACAAAAUCAGCUCGUCUUGGAACUGGCAGGAGACGAUGCCGUCAAUCCGGAUCUACGUCAAUUCUACUUUUCGGCUGGAUCCGAAUCCGAGACGGAAGGAUGGACGCAGGCACUCUUGGGACAACGACACACGGCACUCAUGGAUGAAACGGACGCCUACAAACAGGUCUGUGAUGGAUUUGCACAACAACUACAAGUCUUGCACAUGGAAAUGGAUCGAGCACAAAAGCAGGCGGAGGAUGCUUCGGAAGAACUAUACCAAGUCCGGAGCGAAAUGGAGGAUGGCAGACGGUCGUGCUGGAAACUUGUCGAAGAGGUACUGGAUCGACAGCAUUCACAAGCAGAGACUGCAUCCAACGGAAACAACAACAUGAGCAACAAUCCUAGUAUUGCCACCAGCCAGUCGUUUCGCAAUGAGUUGGAUGCCAUUCGGUCCCAAGACAUUUCUCUACUGGCACCCGUCCAAUUGUUGAGUGACUACACGCGUUGCCUGGAGGAUACUUGCAAUGCGUUGCAAGAAGAAAACAAACAAUUGCAGGCCAAGCUGUCCGAGACAAAGAACUCGGAUCACUACCAUGUUCAAAAGCUUCAAGAGGAACUCGAAGUAACAAAAGCCGAACUAGAGCGAGUGCAAGGACGAUACUCACACGACACUGGGACCUUACAAAAACAACUCAAAGCCCGUACCAAGGAACUGGAAGAUCUGGGCAAAGAGUUGGCGUCGACCAGGAUGGAAACCACCAUGUACCAGUCCAGUACGCGCAAUAAGCUUACAGAAUUGCAGAAUCACAAGAAAAUUCUCAAAAAGGAAGUCCUCGACCUGCGACACAAAUUGGAAGAUUGCCAGUCAGAGCUCGGUCUCGUCAAACACAAGGAAAAGUCCAACCGACUGGAAGUCGACCAGGAGCGAAAAAAGGCAGAGUUGUUGGAACGAUAUGUCGACAAGAUGGAAUCACAAGUCAAAGUCCAACAGAACAUGAUGGAAAUGAUGUCCGCGAGUGGUGUAGGAAGUGUCUUUGGCGGCAGUCAUUACGAAUUAUCCGUGCCGGUGUCGCAUGCUGUGCACUCUCCCAGCACGCACCCAACUAGCCCUCCUCGACGCAACAUUGUCUUGGUCAACACUCCCAGCAACGUUAGUGAAGGCAAGGAAGUAAUCAAUAUCCACAAUGGAAAUACUGGAGGUUUGCAGAUGCCGGUAUUGGACAAACACGGCGAAAAUGGCAACAGAGAAAGUGACCUGGUCCAUCUUGCUAAUGAUCACCAUCACACGCAGCGACGAUUUGUGGAAGAUGACAACAAAUCACACAUGUCGGAACUUACCGAAGACAGGACCCAAAAGCAGUUUGAUGCCCUUCAUUACCUUCGCGAGACGAGAGAAUUGCGUGAACGCGAGCUCGGGGACGGACGACCCGCGUCAUCCAAUGCCCGCAUACUGCGGUAUUCAGCCGCAAGUCCCUCGCCCCGCGGUGCACCCGCACCACCUGCCUACAUUGUCGGAGAGACAACUGCCACUGGCAAGUACAGUAGCGCCAUCCAACAACAGCACCAGCAACAAUUGCUUCAAAACUUUCAAAACCCGCAGAGCGCCAAACUUGAUACCAUCCACUCCAGUGCCACGGCUGUGACUACACCCAACCGGAUACUACCGCCAGACUACAAUUUGCCGCGGUCGACUCGUUCGCCUCAACCACCACCGGAUCAAGUCAUGUUGGAAAACGACAAUUUGAUCAGUAGCAGUCGUAGUUUGGGAACUGGACCGCAAGGGCGGCUCAGCAUAGCUCAACGAUCUCGACUGCAGGCGGACCAGCGAACCUCCACACCAGUCAAGGUUCGCUUGGAUUCGGACAGUUCAGUCAAGCAGACUCUACAACAACAGGCGAGGAAGGAGCAACCAACGUCGCCAACAAGAACGACAGGCCGCAUGGAGCGUCGUCCCAGUACGUCUUCGAGAACUAGUCAGGGUGGUGGUUUCUUUUCCAGUUUUGGACGCAAGUUAGAGGCUGCUAUUGACAAGUCGGUAUUCUCUGUAGAUGUUCCAGCGCCCAAAGCUGAUCGCGACGACGAUGAUGAUUCGAGUUCAGGUUCGGAGGACGACGAGAGCUCUGCAGCGACUCCUGAACCUUCAUCUCGUUAUCGUUGUCAAGAAGAUGAGCGAGAUCGAGACUUGGCGAGUACUCCUGUGCGAAAGCCCGCACUGCUGACCCAAGAAAGUCUCGAUGGGCCCAGUACGACCGGUACACGCAGCGGUGCCACUUACCCAACCCGUAACAAGGUUUCGUCACCCACAGGUAGUCGCACAGGUGCAUCGACGACCACGUCGCCCCGCCGCAGUGGAUACGACUCUUCAUCAAGUUUUUCUGAUGAAAAGAAGACACCAACACCAGACCGUACAGCACCCAAGCGUCAAUUGUCACUAAAAGAACGACAACAGAUGCAACGGGCCAAGCAAUUGCAAUUUUUGAAGGAUCAAGGUCUGAUCAAGGAUGAAGUCAAGGAUGGUGCAUCUCCCAGCUUUGAUGCAGGCUCCGUCGCAUCCACGCAUCUUUCAUCCUCUGGCCAGGUGGACUCCAAUGUGUCGUCGCCGCGCAUUCGCUAGGACUGGAUUUGUACGGUAGUGCUUUACAAUUACGUAGAUAGUACCUAUUAUUGUGUAAUCCUAGGCAUCCAUUCCCAUUCUUU